GGGCGGGACUUCCUGUCUCGGGGAGCACUUCCUGCCGACGCGGAAAGCGGUGGGCUGCUGCGGCGGAGCGGUCCCUCUGUGGGCUACGGCGCCGGGGCUCCGCUUUCUCGCUCGAGAGUCCGGCGGGAAUCGCGCGGGUCACCUUCCCAGACAGGCACCCGAGGCGGCCGCGAUGGAUUUCCCCAGAUCCCUGUGUCCCUCAUUGUUUAUGGCUGGUCCCCUUGGUAUGAAUGAUGCCCCUGACCUGUCCUUCAUGUGCAGCUGGAGAGAUGCUCUGACGCUGCCAGAGUCCCAGCCCCACGAUGCCAAGAAUGCCAUCCCUCGCCUGGCCAAGGACCUGCUCUGGGAGCCGUUGGCACCUGGGCCUCUGCCCCUGAUGCCUCCUGGUCCUGACCCCUGGGACCCUGGUGUGACUGCCCAGGACCUCCUUUUCCGAGGAGGUCGCCACUACCGGAGGCAGCCCCAGGUCGUACUGGAUGUGACUGAGCAGGUGAGUGUCCCCCAGCAGGUGGUGCUUCAUGGCCGGGGGCUGUGCGUCAUGACCUGGUGCUUCCUUCCCCAGCUCAGCCGAUUCCUGUGGGAUCACGGGGACAUAGCCUUUGCACCCCUGGGGAAGCUGAUGCUCGAGAAUUUCAAACUGGAGGGUACCCGUAGCCGCUCCAGGAAGAUGACAGUGGUCACUGUGAAGAGGCUGCUCCAGGACCUUGGUGGACACCAGCCCUGGGGGUGUCCCUGGGCAUGGAUCAGCCACCGGCAGCGUCGCUUCUCCAUCCUCGGGGGCCCAGUGCUUAACAAGUCAGUGUCCAGCCUCCUGGGCAAGCUGCUGCAUGAGGAGCUGGCCCUGCGCUGGAAGCAGCUGCUCUUAGACGAUGCCUUCACUGGGGGUGCCUUGGCCUGGGUGCCCGGAAGGACAGCCCGGGUGGGCCAGCUGGUCUACCCUACGGGAGGUGCCCUGGACAAGCUGUGUAUCCUUUCUGCUGGUGGGAGAGUCAGCCACCCCCACCGCCCCCCAGUGGUGAAGGAGGUGCUCCUGGCAUGGUCCAUGGUGAGGGGUAGGACAUGGGGGGCUUGUGGUGCCCGCUCACUGAUCCUUAGCCGAGGCUCAGGUUUCCAGGAGGUCAGUCUGACCUCAGGAGGCAAUCCUCGGGUCUUUGGGGACCCUGGGUACAUCCAGCUGCGCGGACCUGUCCGGCAGGUGGUGACCUGCACCGUCCAGGGAGAAACUCUGCUGGCCGUCCGCUCUGAUUACCACUGUGCCAUGUGGAAGGUCAGCAGGCAGGAGCCGCCAGCCCCGCUGCAGACGCUGCAGGUCGAGAAGGGGGCCACGGGGAUCAGUCUCAGCCCGCACCUGCCCGGGGAGCUGGCCGUCUGCAGCCGUUCUGGAGCCGUCUGUAUGUGGACCCCUCAGGAUGGGUAAUUCCCCUUUCCCAAAAAACACUGCACCCAACAAACAGACCCAGGGCCCACCACCCUGAU